AAGAAGUGUAACUUUCUAGUUUAGUAAACUAUAAAAUUUCUUAUCUUUUUGGCAGUUUUAUGGAUAUUUAUCCCAGCAGCAAAACAUGAUGCAGGAUUAUGUCCGAACUUCGACAUAUCAAAGAGCCAUGCUACAGAACCACUCAGAUUUUCAGGACAAGGUAGUGAUUGAUGUCGGGGCUGGAUCAGGGAUCUUAUCAUUCUUUGCUGUACAAGCUGGAGCUAGAAAAGUGUAUGCUAUAGAAGCCAGUUCUAUGGCAACUCAUGCAGAGGCUCUAGUUAAACUCAAUAACCUUUCAGACAAAGUGAUUGUGAUUCCUGGAAAAGUUGAAGAGGUAGAGAUCCCUGAAAUGGUAGAUGUAAUAAUUUCCGAGCCGAUGGGUUAUAUGCUUUAUAAUGAGAGAAUGUUAGAGAGUUACCUUCAUGCUAAAAAAUGGCUGAAACCUGAUGGGAAAAUGUUCCCAACCACAGGAGAUCUACAUAUUGCGNGAAUUACUUUUCACAGACAGAGUUAUGACGUUGAAAUAGAAGUCUCUGUAGAUGGAACAAGCAUCAGAUCAACAAACUCACUGGACCUCAAGAACCCCUAUUUCCGCUACACUGGUACCCAAGCUGCCAUUCCUGCUGGUACCAACACAGUGUCUCCAACAGAUCUUUACUGGAACAUGGCAAGCUCUACAGCAUCUGGUGUGAAUGCUGCCACUGAGAAUGGCCUAGAUGGUGCCUGCGGAGGUAUCAUGGGUAAUGGACUUAUGGUUAACACAGUUGGAGCUUACAAUGGAGGUAUUUGAUUAUCAAUUAUAGCAGCAUUAAGGAAAAGCAUUAGUAUCAUUAUCACUUCUGGGGUGGACUGCCCCCUCUUUGGAGGAGCAAAAAAUUAAAAAAAAAUUGAAAACAAUAAUUGGAAGAAAUAAAGGCAAACACUUUGGACAGAGGUGCCCCUUUGAUUCUGCCUUGAUUUGAGCUGCUGUCAGAA